UUCUGCCAGUUCUGGCCACCUCCCUUCCUCUGGAACGUGCUGAUUUCAGCAAGUCCAGCUCUGUCAGUUCUGUCCCCUGAGUCUGUUGGUUUCUGGUCAUCUUAUAAUACUUUGGCUGCACUCAGGACCUGUCUUUGUCCCUCCUCUUAACAUACUUGCAGCCAAAACUAAAUAUUGCUGCUUGGGGGGCCUCCUCCCAGCCUUAAAUUUCAGCUCAUCGUCUUCGGCUGCGUUGGUCAUGGCUCUGCUAUUCUCCUUGAUUCUCACCGUUUGCAUCAGACCUGGAUUCCUAGAGUCUCCAUCUAGAGUGAGGCUGGUGGAGGGCCCCCACCGCUGUGAAGGGCGGGUAGAGGUGCAAAAGAAAGGCCAGUGGGGCACUGUGUGUGAUGACGGCUGGGACAAAAACGAGGUGGCUGUGUUGUGCCGGGAGCUGGGCUGUGGAGAUGCCAACGGAACACCCAGCGGUUAUUUAUAUGGGCCACCAGCAGAAAAAGAACAAGCGGUCCUCAUCCAAGAGAUCAGAUGCACAGGAACAGAAGAUACAUUGGCUCAAUGUGAGCAAGAAGCAGCUUAUGAUUGUUCACAUGAUAAAGAUGCCGGGGCCUCGUGUGAGAACCCAGAAAGCUCUUUCUCCCCAGUCCCAGAGAACAUCAGGCUGGCUGAUGGCCCUGGGCACUGCAAGGGACGCGUGGAAGUGAAGCACCAGGACCAGUGGUAUAGCAUGUGCCAGUCAGACUGGAGCCUCCGGACCGCAAAGGUGGUGUGCCGGCAGCUGGGAUGUGGGAGGGCUGUACUGACGAAGAAACGCUGCCACAAGCCUGCCCAGGGCCGAAGACCCAUCUGGCUGAGCCAGAUGUUAUGCUCAGGACGAGAAGCAACCCUUCAGAAUUGCCCUUCUCGGCCUUGGGGGAGUAACAGCUGCAACCAUGAUGGAGACACAUGGGUUGAAUGCGAAGAUGCCUUUGCCUUGAGACUAGUAGGAGGAGGAGACAAGUUAUGCUCUGGGCGACUGGAGGUGCUGCACAAGGGUGUGUGGGGCUCCGUCUGUGACGAUGGUUGGGGAGAAAAGGAGGACCAGGUGGUAUGCAAGCAACUGGGCUGUGGGCAGUCCCUCUGUCCCUCCUUCAAAGACCGGAAAAGCCAUGGCCCUGGGGUCGGCCGCAUCUGGCUGGAUGAUGUGCAUUGCUCAGGAGAGGAGCAGUCCCUGGAGCAGUGCCAGCACAGAUUUUGGGGGUAUCACGACUGCACCCACCAGGAAGAUGUGGCUGUCAUCUGCUCAGAAUAGUAUCCUGGCGUUCUCCAUGCUUGACCUGGCCCCACUGGUCCUGCCUGCCCCCUGCUUGUUCUCCUGGGCCCUGAUUAUUCUCGUCCUCAUGCUGGGCCUAAGGCUUGAGCCACUACUCCCUCAUCCACUCAGGAUUCUGAACACUGGGCUUAUGCCUUGCUCUCAGUGACAAACAUCCCCCGUUGCUGCCUGUGGAUGUGAGCUGUUGAGUUACUCUUGCUGGGGAAAUGAGCUUCCAGGUAUCCUGAGCUCACCCCUGACCCUUUGGCAUUGGUUCUGGCCUCUCCAGCCUCUUCCCAAGCUGCUUGGAAUCCUCAGGCCUGUCACUUUGACCGGAAGUACAGAUCAUUACUGAGGCAAGGUCUGUGUCUGUAACCAACAUGUGAGGAAUGAAACAAUGAGAGGAACAUUUGAAAGGAAAUGUGAUGGCCGGUCGCGGUGGCUCAAGCCUGUAAUCCCAGCACUUUGGGAGGCUGAGGCGGGUGGAUCACGAGGUCAAGAGAUCGAGACCAUCCUGGUCAACAUGGUGAAACCCCGUCUCUACUAAAAGUACAGAAAAUUAGCUGGGCAUGGUGGCGCGUGCCUGUAAUCCCAGCUACUCGGGAGGCUGAGGCAGGAGAAUUGCCUGAACCCAGGAGGCGGAGGUUGCGGUGAGCCGAGAUGGCGCCAUUGCACUCCAGCCUGGGUAACAAGAGCAAAACUCGGUCUUGAAAAAAAUAAAAAAGAAAGGAAAUGUGGGUAGACAAUUUCCUGAAACUUGGGGGAAAGCUUAGAAUCAUUUUGAUUGAACUUCUUUUUUUUUUUUUUCUUCAGGCUUAAGGUAAUCACAACAGUAACACUGAACUAUUCUGCUGUUUCUUUGUGUAGGUAGACUAUUCUUUCAGGAGCAGAGGAGUGUCCUAUAAUCCUAGACCUUUGCAUGACACUUACAAAAUGAUGUUUCAUCCUCUGAUUGCCCCAGUACAAAUUUGUGUUUUUCAUCCCUAUACAACAUGCUCACAUGGUUGACAUUUAACAAGAGGAAUGUCAAAAAGACACUUUAUUCCAAGAAAUAUAUAUUGGUUACUGGGAAAAGGUCAAGCAAGAGGCAGAGAGAGGUCAGGGAGGGCUAAAGGUGUGUCUUAUGCCAAGAAGAAAACAUCGUUUUCACUUUCUCAGCUGAGACUUUGGGGCCUGUAAGCCUGAGGCAAGACGGAAUAAUACUAAAGAGAGAAUCAAGAUUUGAUUGUAAAAAUUGACUUUAGACUCUGAAUCUAGGCUGAGUACUCAUCAUAUGGCUACAUUUACACAUUUACACUUGCCAAAUAAAUCAGAUUUCACAGUCUGGACA